AUGCGAAAGCUGGGACGCGAAUCCGUCGACACCGGGACGCCCGCCAAGAAAGCAAAGACGUUCGAUUUUCGCCUACAUCCCCGCCGGAAGGUCGUCUUCGCAUUUUGUUACUUGGGAUGGCACCAUGAUGGGCUCGUGCAGCAGGAAAACUCGACGAAUACAGUUGAACAUCAUUUGAUGAACGCCUUGCUAAAGACUAAAUUGAUCGAAAGCUGGGAAGGAUGUGGUUUUACUCGAUGUGGACGCACGGAUAAGGGCGUCUCUGCAUUCCGCCAAAUUGCUGCGUGCAUCGUGAGAUCGGCUGAUCCGUUUGGACAGGGCGUAUCUUGGGCCGAUGAUGUUCCAAUCGACGUGCGGGAAGCGUUCAAGUCACGCGAUGAGCUCCAAUAUCUGAAAAUGCUGAAUGGGUGUCUGCCACCGACGAUUAGAAUGCUCAGUUGGGCGCCGGCCAGGACAGAAUUCGAUGCGCGGCACUCGUGUACACGCCGCACCUACAAAUAUUCGAUGCCAAAGGCCAACCUGGAUGUUGAGAAAAUGCGUGUUGCCUGUAGCAAGCUGGUCGGGACACACGACUUCCGGAACUAUUGUCAGAUCGAUCUAAAUGCCGACCGUCUCAACCAGUCAUAUGUUCGCGAGAUCUUUGCGGUGUCACUUUGCGAAUUGGGCGACUCGGGCUUGCUCGAGCUAACCGUAGAAGGGAGUGGAUUCUUGUGGCACAUGAUCCGCUUCAUCGUGUCAGUUCUACACGAGGUCGGCUGUGGCCACGAAGGGCCAGAGGUGGUUUCUGACCUGCUCGACAUCGAAAAGUGCCCAGCUCGACCGCAAUACACCAUGGCCUCAGAUGCUCCGCUAUGCCUCUUUGAGUGCCAAUACGAGCGUGAUCAGCUAGCGUGGCAAUACGACGAAUCCGUGCGGCAACGCAACUUGGGCAGCCUGCAGAGACAAUGGGCCGAGUUGAUGACAAAAGCUCGGACAAUCGAAAAUAUGAUGAACAGCGUCGCAAACGAGCCGGGCCCGAUCACGGACGCGAUCAGGGAGCGUGGCCUAUUGGAAUUCACCCAGGCACAUCCAUGGCAAACAAAUUAUCUACCUCUACUGAAGCGAAAGCGAUGCGACACCUUGGAGGUGAAGCGCGCCAAGCUCGAGCAGAAGUCUAAAGUAACCGAGCCCCCGUUGUUAAUGUCAGCCAGGAGGCUCAAGGCUGUCGGCUACCCGAAAAUUAAUUUCGAUUACGAUGACGACAGCGAACUGGCUGCCCUCAUCUGUCAUCUGGACGAACAGUUUCUGAAGAAGCGUCCUGAAGACUGGCACGUCGCAUUCAUGGACGAGAAGAACAAGGAGGCAUUUGAGCGAAAACUUGCAGAGUAUUUAUCGGAAUACGGCAUCAGCACGUCAGACGACGAGCAACCUGCCGUGUCUCGGCGGUUCAUUUGCGAUUUUUUGCUCUCGCAUUCUAUUGAUCAUCUUUAUGACAAGACAGUUGAGGCCCAAGAGUUUUCGUCCGAUAUUGUCAGAAAUAAGCGGCUGGCUAAAAAUGCGGCGUCCGAAACAUCGCAGAACCCCUACAACACUAUCAAUUGCGCCGAGCAGUACUAUAAAUCCCGGAUCGAAUCGAUGGCGAAGCUGUUUGGGAUUGCCGAACACCCGGACCCGGAAGUGACAUUGCGGGCUUGCUGCUUAUUUGUGCAACAGACUUGCUCGACGAAAAACAGAGAACGUAUUGGCAAGAAAGAAGGAAAUGAAGAUAAUCAACUCCUUGACAUCAAGGCUUUUCCCCUGGGCAUCACAGACCUCAAGGACCCUGUGUUGGAUCAUGUUGCACGCUGCCUGCGCCUUCUAUCAGUCGAAAGCUUGCGAAGUACCCAGACCAUUGUGAACGAGACCCUGAUCGCCAUCCAGAAUCUGACCGCCGCAAAGAAAUCUGCC